AUGGGUGGUGAUGGAGGCAGUAUACCUAGUCGAAUCGACUUGGUUAGAACCUCUGGGUAUAUGUUUAGUAGGAAUCUGGGUGGAAUGGGUUAUUUGCCAAACACACAAUGUAGAACAGUCGAUGAGCACUUAUCUAGCAAUCAGUUGAAACAGUUAAGGUGGACUGCCUGUGCGUUAUCUCAGGAGCCACUAUCUUCUCCCAUUGUUUCUUGUAAAUUAGGAUUAUUGUACAAUAAGGAAGCAGUUCUAAGGUACAUUUUAUCGAAGAAACCUAGAGCUUCAUUUGAACAUUUGAAAGGGUUAAAAGAUAUAAAAGAUGUCAAAUUCAUGGUAUCCAAGUACAGCGCAGUUGAUAAAGAUACAAACAGAUUCAUUUGUCCAAUUUUGAGGACUGAACUGUCAGCAACAAACAGAGGAGUCUUAAUUUGGAAGUGCGGAUGCUGUGUGUCGGAAAAGGCAUUUAAAAAAUUUAUUAACACCAGCUCUAACGAAGGAGUCUGCCCAAAUUGUAACAGUAACUUUACAUUUAACCCGCAAGUUUUUAAUAAAUCGCAAAAUUUACCAUUUAACUUCGAUUUGGUGUUUUUAGUGCCAGACUUAGCCGAGGAAGGCGUGUUAAGAACGAAGUUGCUCCAGCUAAAUCAAAAGAACAGCAAAACAUGA